UAAACCCCUCCUAUAUGUGGCUUGGUUAGCGGCCCGUGAAAUCCCCCAGGAAACGCAAAACCUUUUUAUAAGCCUACACGCGCCGGGCUUGGGGUUAGUCAAGAACGGCACACGUAAGCGAAGCGUUGGCACACCCUGGACGCAUGUGAGUGCUUCUCGCUUACAAAUGGAGAUUCCGAUGGAGGCUUCCUUUUUCCUGCCCAACUUAGACGAGUUCGACUUAUCAGAGCUGAGCUGUGAUGAAACUCCGUCCCCUGUUUCGACUUCUUCUAGUUCGCCUCUUAGGAGUCCAUUCUCCCUUGAGUCUCUUGAUUCUUCUGCAUCGAGAUCUUCGACUUGUACAUCGCCCGAUUUCUCGAGACAGGAUUCCGAAGGAUCCAUAAACUCAUCUGUAAGCCCGAGAAGACAAAGAAAGUGUAGCUCUCCGAACUGUAAUAAAAAAGAGCACGUUUCCGUGCUUAGACGGAACGAGAGAGAGAGAAACAGGGUUAAACUCGUUAGUGACGGCUUCGCCGCCUUGCGGAAACACAUUCCUACUACACCAGUAAAUAAGAAAUUGUCCAAAGUUGAGACGUUGAGAACUGCUAUAGAGUACAUCAAACACUUACAAAGAAUCUUGAACGAUAGUAACAGAGUGGAGCGCGAGAAAAGGCUUCUUCGCCAAGUUGGCUUAUUACAGAAAGCUUACAAGUUGCAGUCGCAUAGCAGAGUAACGUUAUCACGACAAGACCAAAUAACAGCAUUAUUGAUGGAGCUACCGGAGAUUGCGCCAUACCCACGCCAGCCACCUUUAGCGUACCAUGGAUUUAACCAGGGUAUUAACGGUCCGGCCCCAGUAGGACUAUAUUAUGGACCAGUGGGGCAGAUGCAAUAGCGCUCUCUCUCAGCCACCAACAGCAUACCAAGGACUUAGGUAUUUUUCGGCCAUGCCCCAGCCAGUAGGACUAUAUUAUGGACCAGUGGGGCAGAUGCAAUAGCGCUCUCUCUCAGCCACCAACAGCAUACCAAGGACUUAGGUAUUUUUUUCGGCCAUGCCCCAGCCAGUAGGACUAUAUUAUGGACCAGUGGGACAGCUUCAAUAGCGCUCUCUGGCCUUCUGCUCCAUCAAAAUGAUGUUUUGUUAUUAUGGUGGGGAAUAUAUUUUAGUAGAGAGUAGUUAUAUGUAGAGCUCGAGAAGACUUUCAAAGGAACAUUCACAACGAGUAAUGCAAUCUUUUUAUCAAAAGGUAUGCAUUUAACAUGCUGUAUAUACUAUGUUUUAGUGGACGUUUUGUUCCGAAAUGGGCAAUUUAUUUCAUUCUUGACUUAUAUAUUUUGUUAUGAUUUGUUUUUAUUGAAGAUUUUAAUGAAAUGACAAGGUAUUGGUUAUACCAAAUUUGGUAGAUUUGUGUAAAAUCUCGAAUAGCUUUUUGAAACACAGAAUCAUAUUUCCUUUUGAUGUGAGAAAGCUGUUUCUCGCAUAUGAAACUCUACGAGUACUUGAGGUCAAAAUAAUUUAACAAUUAAACUUUGUAAUUCUUUUUGGAAAGUGAUGAAGAUAUUUGCGACGUCUGGUAAGAUUAAUUUGUAUUUUUACAGCUUUGGCACAAAAAACUUUGCAAUUUAAAUAAAAUCAAUAAUUGUCUUAGAGAUUAGAAAAGCAAAAGAGAACUUUCAGAAUUGCAGGUAAAAAUCAACUUAGUCUUGUAGAAAGCCUUUAUCAAAUUAAUCCAAAUAAAAAUGAUAUGUACAUCGUUUGAGCGAGGCUUAAAGGAACCACUCAAUAAUGUACUAUGGCUUCUAUCAAAUUUAGAGUCACUUAACAAUAAUUGACUUUAUAGUCAUUGUUUCCGCUCUGUUAAUUGAGCAUUUAGAGAUGUAUAAAUGAAUUAUCACAUUCCUUAGGAUGUUGAAACAUUGUAAAUAAAUCACACUUGUUAAUAAAGAUUAUUUUUUUAUA